GUGCAGGACGCGGCGGCCGGACGGGGAGCCUAACGCGGGGUCCGUGAGUCACCUGGAAAUAAGAUGUUUCUCCUCUGAAAUGAUGAAGAGCUGAGCUGAUUCUCCGGAGAUUCAAACCUGUUGACCUCGGGGGUGCUGAUGCAGAGACCAGAAGUGGACCAUGGAUCAGCCCAGUGGGAGGAGUUUCAUGCAAGUUCUCUGUGAGAAAUACAGCCCCGAAAACUUCCCGUAUCGCCGAGGUCCGGGGAUGGGAGUGCACGUCCCAGCUACACCUCAGGGUUCGCCUAUGAAAGAUCGUCUCAACCUCCCGAGUGUGCUGGUGUUGAACAGCUGUGGAAUUACCUGCGCCGGGGAGGAGAAUGAGAUUGCCGCCUUCUGCGCUCACGUGUCCGAACUGGAUCUCUCUGACAACAAACUCGAAGACUGGCAGGAGGUCAGUAAAAUCGUGUCAAACGUCCCCCACCUGGAAUUUCUAAACCUCAGUUCCAACCCUCUGAAUUUGUCGGUUUUAGAAAGGACAUGUGCUGGGUCUUUCGCUGGCGUUCGCAAACUCGUGCUCAACAACAGCAAAGCUUCCUGGGAAACAGUCCACACAAUACUGCAAGAGUUACCAGGCUUGGAGGAACUCUUUCUGUGCCUUAACGACUACAAAACAGUGUCUUGUUCCCCGGUGUGCUGUCACUCUCUCAAGUUGCUCCACAUCACUGACAAUGAUCUCAAAGACUGGCCCGAGAUUCGGAAAUUGGGGGUCAUGUUUCCGUCGCUGGACACGCUCGUCUUGGCCAACAACUACCUGACGACCAUCGAGGACUCGGAAGAUUCUCUCGGCCGCCUGUUCCCAAACUUGCGCUCCAUCAGCCUGCACAAGUCAGGUCUGCAAAGCUGGGAGGACAUUGACAAGCUCAAUUCUUUCCCCAAGCUCGAAGAAGUGCGAUUGUUGGGUAUCCCUCUCCUUCAGCCAUACACCAAUGAGGAGCGCAGGAAGCUCGUCAUAGCCAGAUUACCAUCAAUAACUAAACUGAACGGGAGCGUCAUUGCAGAAGGAGAACGGGAGGACUCGGAGAGGUUUUUCAUUCGUUACUACUUGGACUUUCCGCAGGAGGAGGUCCCUUUCAGGUAUCACGAGCUAGUCACAAAAUACGGGAAGCUGGAGAAACUGGCAGUAGUCGACCUUCGGCCUCGGAGCCGUGCCAAGGUGGAGGUCCACUUCAAGGACCAGGUGGAGGAGAUGACGGUUCGUCUGGAUCAGACGGUAGCGGAACUCAAGAAACAGUUGAAAACGCUAGUCCAGCUACCGACCAGCAGUAUGCUCGUCACCCACUGUGACCACGAAGCGCCCUUUGGGCCGGAGGAGAUGAAGUACAACUCGCGGGCGCUGCACUCCUACGGCAUUCGGGAUGGGGACAUCAUUUAUGUGGACUCCAAGGCCAAAUAAGCUGCUUUCACUCGGGGUGGGUGGGUGGCGUGCAUGCCCACGUUUACUCAGCCUCCCGCACGCACCAAGGACUUCUGCCGGGGGAGUUUCGUUUCGGUUUGUCAGUAGAGGUUUGGUUCGAUCUUACCUUAAGUACCAGGUAACUCCUUGAACCCAGGGCAGCAGGUCUGGAUCUGUGAGAUGCACACCGGGAUCCGGUGCAGACGGCAAUGAUUUUAAGAGGAGGUAACUGACCGAGUGUUUGUGUGUGAAUUUCGUCCCCCCCCCCCAAUUGGUUUCACCGAUACUUUGACGUUCUCUCCUGUCUCCUCCAGCAUACUUGUGAACUGAGCAUGAAAGUCCUUCGAAGCCAAGGGGGUUAUUAACAGUCGCUCAU